AUGGAUGCAGAAAGUCCUACUCCAAUAACUGAAAAGGGAAGCAUAGCUGUGGAGACAUCACCAAAAGGCUCUACUGCCUGCAAGAAGAUUCAGAAGAAAGUUCCAAAAAGAGUUCACAAGGCUGAGAGAGAGAAACUGAAGCGUGAGCAUUUGAAUGAGCUUUUCCUCGAUUUGGCCAAUAAACUUGGUAUUUCUGAGCAAACGAAUGGAAAAGCCUCCAUAUUGAGUGAAACUGCUCGAUUUGUAAGGGACAUGCUUUCUCAGAUCAAACAUCUGAAAAGAGAAAAUACAGCCUUGCUGUCUGAAUCUCAAUUUCUGAGUAUGGAGAAAAAGGAGCUACAGGAUGACAAUUCUGCUCUGAAGGCUCAAAUCGCCAAAUUAGAAGGUGAUGUCAAAGAAAAGGUAGCUGAGACUAAUCUUGACCUAAAUCUAUGUCCUACCGAAACUCAGCUACCACAGCUAUCCUCACAAGUUACAGAUAACUUUCUCCGAUUGCCUGCUUCAGAGCAGUCGUUUCAGCAGACACAAAUGAUGAACCCUGUUUAUGUCUUUCCCUGCAAACCGACUUCUCAAGCUUAUCCGGAGCCUGAUGCAGCAAAGCCCGCAUCUAGUGUGAAGAAACCGCAGGCCAGAUAUCCCACUCCAGCUGAUGUAUGGCCAUCCCAAAUUCUUGAAAAGCAACCUCACUUAGGACAGGAGGUUCAAAAUAGUUUGUAA